UUUACUGCAUUUGAUUUUCGGACAUGAAAAUUUUACGAAUCAUAAUAAACGUCUACUCGGUUAAAGUGUGGUAAUAUUUCAAAGGAAUUGUUGUUUCCCACAGACACAUUACGUUAAUUAAAUAAAGAUGAUUAUUUCAUAUGACAUCCCAAUUGUGUUAUCGCUUCUUAUCUUGUCCGCAUUUCCCUUUCUGCGUGCCAGCACAUACGAAGAUUUUGAGCCGGUAUGGAAAAGGCUGCUAGCAAAACAGAACAAUUCGCGGCUUGGAUAUUCGAAAGACUUGAACCAGUAUGGCGCUGAUCGAGUCCAAGGUUAUGGAAGUUCAUAUAUAACGCCUAACAGCAUCCAGUACUUAAUCAACGGACAACCAUCUUCUGCCACAACUUCGACCUACCCACAAACCCUUUCGUUGGUAUCAUCAGCGACCGGAAUAAUCGACAGUGAUGUGAAGUGUGGAACUGACAACCGGAAUUUCUGUAAUUACCCGGCACUUCCGUUCGUCGAAACCCUGAAUAUUCCCCAGCUCUUGGCCAGUCCAAACCGGCUAAAUCGUAUUCCGAGCGGCAGAUGCCCAGACGGAUAUACGAAACAUCCCACAAAAGAUUGUAUCAACAUUGCGCCCGCCGUCAUCGAAGCGACCUGUUGCGUCUAUGAUACACCUGUAGUGAAUCUCACAGAUUACUGCUCCAACCGGCAAGCAAUCCAGUUUAACGCAACCUUUGAAUUAUGUGACGGCAGAGAUUUCAUUAUUUCCGAUUCCAGUGCAUGGCAGAUCAAUGAUGAAUUCAAGAUUCUGGGUGGCCCGUAUAGCCUAAGCACGCUUACCGGUGGUGCUGUGUCAUCAUCGGUCGACUCGGCGUUGGUAGACUCAUCAUGCAAUGUGGGAUUCUUCCAGGGCAAAAAUUUGCAUUGGAUGAAUUUCCCCAACCGAACAGCUAGUACUGACCACACUCUGUCGGAAUUACUGGGAACGAUUCCCACGAAUUUAUGCGGUGGGAAUACUGUGUGCACUGCAACGGCCGUGAAUUUUGCGGUGUGCCCUAAUAAUGGAUUCUGCUUGACAAGUGUAAAUCUGACCGCAUCGAAUGGCACAAUUUACAAACAAUUAUUUUUGCUGGCCCCGGGAUUUAAUUCCUUUUUCAACUCAACAAUAUUUCCACCCGGCAUCGCCGUACUGAACAAUCAGGGUCUCAACAGCAGCUACCAGAACUAUAUAACGGCAACAUAUUUGCGGAGCACAAAUCGUUUAGCAUUUACCGAUACAUCCAACAAUGUUUACUUUUAUGAUCCCACCGGAAAGCUGCUCUCUGGCCCAACUAAUUUAUUCGAUUUAUUUGGCACUUGCGGCACCACUCCAUCUUCCACCGGGGGAGGACGUUAUACAAUCUACAUUCCGUAUCCGAUCUACGGGGUGUCAAAUCAAAGCAAUCCUUAUUUACCACAGCAGCUUCCAGUGUAUUCGCAGUUACCGGCAUCUUAUGACCCUUCCCUGCUAUCCGGAAUCAACUAUGUUCAAAAUCAACCAUCGUCAUAUGUUGCUGUCCCAUCUCCACCGGCCCCACACACUUAUUAUGACAUUCCAAAACCCGAGCCCUACAAACAAUACCAGACACCGGCUCCGCAGUACCAACCGGCCCCCGCGCCUCAGUAUCAACCGACACCGGCCCCGUCGUAUCAACCGGCACCCGCACCGGUCGUCCCUGUGUAUCAGCCGGCUCCCUCACCCCAAUACCAGCCGGCAAACCAGUACCAAUUUGCUCCUGCACCACCGGCAUCCUAUCCAGAGUAUCCGACUCCACCCUCGCCUCUUUCUUACCAAUCGACCCAACCGGCAGUUUAUGCCACAACACCGGCACCCCAGUACCAAUACCAACCGACUCCGUCACCGCCAUCCUAUGUCAGUCAGCCGGCACCGAACCCGGCAUACCAACCAGCUUCCCAACCUGCAUCUUGGCCGUCGUACCCGACAGUGGACGUUCAAGGUCCUUCUUACCAGCAGAUCAACAACGGAAACCAGUAUCCAAUCAUAAUUGCUGGGUCAUCGUACAGCGCACCGGCAUCCACGGUGGCACCGUAUAAUGCCCCCGCUCCGACAAUUGGUUACGCAUCGCCGCCCCAGUAUAGUCAACCGGCUCCUGCGCCGGCACAGUACCAACCCGCCCCUCAAGCGCAGUAUAGUCCAUCCCCGCCACCGUACGACGCUUACAGCAAACCAACACCGGCGCCGAUGUAUCAACCCGCCCCACAAGCGCAGUAUAAUCCAUCCCCUCCAACGUAUGACUCCUACAACAAACCAGCACCGGCGCCGGUAUACCAACCCGCUCCGCAGCCUCCGUAUAGUCAACCGACGCAGGCUCCAUACCAGUCUCCGUCACCAUCGUAUCAGCCGGCUCCGGCGCCCCAGUACCAGCCGGCCACGACUUCUGCGUCUUAUCAGUCAACUCCAGCACUCGUCACAAACGCUCCCGCUUACCAGAACCCAUAUAAGCCAAAUGCAUACUAUGAGGACGCUACCCCGGCGCCGUACAGUAGUCCCUCCCCAUCGGGCUAUUCCUCUCCGUACCAGACACCGUACCUGGUUCCGCCGAUGGACUUACCCAUGUACGUUCCUUCCGUACCGUCGUACAACUACCAACCGGCAGCCACAACAAAGAAGCCCUAUAAAGUUACAACAACCUCCACAACGCCCACGACAGUGAAAAAGUGGAGGACAGCGGCUCCGUCCAUUGUUAUGAAAAUUACGGGCAACGACAAUAAAAUGAAGCCGGACUUUCAACCGCCAGGACAUCAGUUCUUCGACUUGUCGGCUUUUGUCAGAAAAGGUGGUAGUUUCGUGGAUUCUGAUGACAAUGAUGAUACCAGUCAGUCAACCGGAAACCGUAUGGUUCUGAUUUAAAUGCUGAUACUCAGAAGUAACAGACUCUUUUUUUAUUUGCUUGGUUUAUGAUGCGUCUGCCUAUGUGAUGUUGUAGCCUACAUUAGGCAUCGCGAUCUUGUCCCGACGUAUUUAUAUCACUGCACAUACGUAUGUGAACAUCGACUUGCUUUUCUGCAGCAUCUGGCAUGCUGUAAAUUCUUUUGA